CGAGCUAGAGGUUUGCAGCAACACCAGUAGUGAAGUGACUUCCUAGGUGAUAUGUAUUUAAAUGGAAAUUAGAGGUUGAAAGUUAAGUUUAAAUCCCGUCUUACUUUUAUGAAACAUAUCGAAAUGAGUGUUACAUCAGUUGAAGAAACUAUUGAACUUCUGCACAAUCAAGAUUUUGUUAAUGAGAGUUAUUUCACAGAAUACGCGACACAAAAGGAGAUAAUAAAUCGUAAUCGUUUACCAAGUCGUCGUCUUCUUAGUCAGGCUGCAUUAUUGGAAACAAAUGUAAUGAAUAACAGCGUGUUUCACCAACCAUCAAAGGAUUUUCCAGUCAUCAAUUUCAUUCAUACAGUUCGACCGAAUUGGCCUCCUUCCCGAAAACGAGAAGAGGCACGAGUAUUAGAAAAUUUACAGAAACGGGUAGAAAGGUCGGAACUCUUCAAAGCCAAUCAGACAACUGGCUCCGAAGGCUUAACCACGGCGAAACUAAGUCAAUUGAAUAAUAACCAGCAUGAAAGCUUGGAAAAUAGGCCUCAACUUCUAAAAAAAAUUUUGUUGAACCGUCCAAUGAAUAUAUUUUAUGACCUAAGUGACUUUGAAACAAAUUGGAGAGAUAGUGAGUUUAUUACAGAAUGUUUAUGCUGGCACAACGUUUACAGACAGCGACACAAUGCUCGACCUCUAACAAUGGCACCGAAGUUGUGUGAAUAUGCGCAAACAUGGGCUAAUCAUUUGGCUCAUACGAACACAUUCUACUAUCGAAACGAUCGAGAAGUUGGACAAAAUCUCUACUGCCGGCCAGGUGGACCGGUGUCUGGAGAUGUUGGUGGUCAAGAUGUCUCUUCAUAUUGGUAUUCCGGCGUCAAACACUACAAUUUUUUUAAAGAAUCGGACAUUUUACAUACCAACGUUAACACAGGUCACUUUACCCAGUUGAUAUGGUCCAGCAGCCAAUAUUUUGGAGUCGGCAAAGCCCGGAGUCGGAGCGGUAAAAUUAUUGUGGUAGCAACUUAUAAACCUGUAGGAAACGUCUCUGGUCAAUUUCAAAAGAAUGUAUCACCACCAUUUUUGGAAUGUGCAAGUUCAACAAUACCACCGUCACAAAUAAGUGAUCACGAUUUAAUGGAGUCAACUAUGUCAAUUAGUAACAGUGACAGCUCAAUUCGUAUUCUGUAUAAUAAUUAGGGUAUUAGAAUUUAAAAUUUGUACACAGUUAUAAAUACGCAACAAUGAUAAAAGUUAUGGAAUAGACCAUAAAAGUAUGUAAAGUUUCUAGUCAUCCUAUGGCUUUGCCUGCACGGAAAGAUUGAAACCCGACUGGUCGCUGUUCUGCACCCGACUCAGUACGGUGCUGAAAGGAAACGCUCGGUUGUGAUGCAGCACCACAGUGAUUA